UCAUUUGGUGCAGACAUGUCAAAUUUCCGGAGUGAUUCUUCGCAAGAAGAUAUAGGAGAAUUUCAAAUUCUGGUUGCUACGAAUGAAGACGAGAAGACUAUUCUGGCAAACUAUAACAACAAAAUGAAGGAAGCAUUUAAUGCAGUAACGACAAACUACAUGGACUGUCGAAACGAUGACGACCCCCACAAAGCCAUAAUCAAAGAACUACAAAGAAAACUAAAAAAACAAGAAGAAAGAAUCGAAGAUCUAGAAAGCGAAAACGAAGCUUUACUGAAGGAAAUCAAAAGGUGCGAAGACUACAUAUCAAACCAAGUGGAAGAAAUGAAGAAACUGUCUUACUAUAUCGAUUUCUUGGGUCCAGGUGCUCAAACUCAAGACGAAAACUCGAGAAACGAAGACACAAACUUUCAACGUCCUCCGGGCCUAAACCCAUACGAAGCGAAAUUAGCCCGAGAGCAAGAAAACAACAAAGUUUUAGUCGAACUGAUCCAAAACGAGAAGCGAUCGAGGCAAAACACAGAAGAAACUUUGUCGCAAACCCUGCGGAUGUGUGAAGAUUUGAUGUACAAAAAUCAGGUGUUGAGGCACCAAAACGACGUGUGUGCGACCCAGUGCAGAGAACUCUCAGUCCUCAUGACGAAGGCACAGAAAGUCGACGAACUGGAAGGGGAGAGGAAGGGUCUCGUGAGCAAGAUCCGUGAGUGUGUGUGUCACAUGAACAACCAAGACGCGACGAUUAAUAGCCUUACGUACGACAUGGAAAACAAAACUAACGAACAUACUCGACGAGAGGAAGAGCUCAAUACGGUCAUUGAAGAAAUGAAAACCCAAAUCGCCGACAACGAACAAAAGCUUACAGACAACAAAAAGCGUCUAGACACAAUUGCGUUGGAGAACCUGUGCAUGAACGCCCACAUCGACGAGCUCGAAAGACAAGCCAGCGUUUAUGAGUGUGAGAUGAGUCUGAAAGACGAAAACAACAAAGUUCUUCUAUGUACGCUCGAACAACAGAAAGCCGAAAACAUCAAACUACGAAGUGCCCUUGCCCAAAUGACUAAAAUCCAAGACGGUCUCUCUGAAAUGUUAGCACAAGCGAGACGAACAAUAAAAUCCAUAACCCAGAAACUCGAAGCCUUCGACAUCGAAAGGUUAGAAUCGCAGCGAGACACUCAGAUUAAAAUCUCAGAACUAGAAGUAAAAUUGGUGGUUGCGAAUGUCACUAUCAAGAAACUGCGUGGUAAUCUAGACCAGAUGAAAGGAGUCAUGGACAAGAACUCCACCCUGCGCACACUGUCUGCGCAGCUCCACGAAACCGCCAACUGCCAAGUGACCCAACUUCAAAACGCCAACGAAGACCUUUCAAAGAAAAGCCAGAAUCUGGCAGAAAUGUACAACUAUCUGAAAAACGUGCUCUACGAGAAAGACAAGACGUUCGAUGACCUUAGAAACCAGUUGGUGGGUUUGAAGGAGCAGUUGGACAACGAGCAAAAACUGCGGGCCAGCACGGAGAUGAUUCUCCAGGACAUGACGGCUGCUGGGGACUCGGAGGUGACCAACCUCAAGAAACUAAUUUGUUCGUUGAAACAAGAGAUAAGCGGGCUUAAUGCCGAGACGGAGUAUCUAAAAAAGACCACUCCAGUCGGGAAACUCAAAACUCGCGUGAUGAAACUCGAACAAGACAAUGUUCGGUUACGAAAUGAAGCGAAGCAUUCCGCGGACUAUUUGAAAGCGAUUUUGCCCGGCUACGUCGAUCCAGAAGAGCUGGCGAAGCUCAAGAAGCAAGUGACAGAUUUAAAUGAGGAAGUGAACAAGCAAAAACGGGAAGUCGAAGAUCAGAAGAAACUGCGUUUCGAGGAUUUACAGCACGCCAAAUCGAAGCUCGCCCAACUGGAAGAGCGCAAUAAAAGACUGGAGGAACUUGUUAAGGAGAAGGCGGGUCUAAAAUCUGCCAAAUGUAAACAAACUGUGGUGGUUCUAGAAAAGGAAACUAAAGGCGAUGGAGAGACUAAGUAUCAUUGUCUGUAUGGCGUCGAAGGAAAAACGAAGAAAGAAGACCUGAAGAGAAAAGGCGAGAGGAAAAAAGACGAGAAGAAAGAAGACGCGAAGGACGAACAAUCGAAGGACGUAGAUUCAAGGGAAGAAGACUCAUUGAAAGAAGAUCCGAAAUUUUCUUCCCGGAUCUUUUCAGGCCCGAAGAAAGAAGACUUGAAAAAAAAAGACGAGCCAAGAUCUCCUUUCCAGAUUUUAGACUCAGAAAAAGAAGACCCGAAAUCUUCGUCCCGAGUUUUCUUCGAUCAAAGGAAAGUAGACCCGAAAUCUUCAUCCCGAGAUUUAUUAGAUGCGAAGAAAAAAGAUCCGAAAUCUUCGUCCCGAAUCUUGGACCAGAAGAAAGAAGACCCGAAAUCUUCCUCCCGAGUUUUCUUUGAUCAAAGGAAAGAAGACCCGAAAUCUUCGUCCCGAAUCGUGGACCAGAAGAAAGAAGACCCGAAAUCUUCGUCCCGAGUUUUCUUAGAUGCGAAGAAAGAAGACCCGAAAUCUUCGUCCCGAAUCUUGGACCAGAAGAAAGAAGACCCGAAAUCUUUGUCCCGAGUCUUAGAGCCGGGGAAAGAAGACCCGAAAUCUUCGUCCCGAGUCUUCUCAGACCAGAAGACAGAAGACCCGAAGAAAGCAGACAGUACGCCAUUUACUCAAAAGCGUAAGCGCGAUAAGGAAUCUUCGGAUUCGGAUCAAGUGCAAGCUAGUAAAAUACUAAAGAAUCUAGAGGAAACGUUGAGGAACGAAACAGAUCCGACUAAGAUAAAAGUACUGAAACAGCAACUGGAAAGAAUCGAAGAGUCGAUGGAAGAUCCUGCGGUUUUCCAGACAGUCCAAAAAGAAAUAGCAGAACGUCCCUUAACAACGAGACAACCGAUCGAAGAUAUCAGCGAAGCAAAAAGAAUGAGACGAAGUUCUGACAAUUCGGGGACAUCAUCUGAUAUACAGCGUCAAGAAGACGGAUUCAAAAGUGAUCCAGACGAACGGAUAAAACUCCUAAACGAAAUUGACGGUCAUAAAAAUGAAAUCGCGGAGUUACUGUACAAAAUAAACCAUUCUCCGGCUCCGGAACUAAACAACGAAGAAUUAGAGAACUUGAAAGCAGAGAACGAAAAACUGAAGAACAUGCUUAACGAUGCCGCAGAACAGAUUAAAACUUCUCAGUCGUUUCUACUACGUGAAAAUACUAAAAAUGGUAACAAACUAUUGGAACCAUUGAAAGAAGCGCUCGAAAUGGAACAGAAAAGAGUUAGUGAAUUACAGGAGUUCUGGAAUAACUGCGAACAGAAAAGCGACGCACUGGGUAGAAAAGUUGCCCAAUUAUCAAAGGAAAAUGCUAAACUGAGGACAGUCAGUAGAGAUCUUAAAGAACGAACUAGAGGAGCAGCUCCUAGUCAAGUAUAUAUGGAAAGUAUUGAAGGUGUUAAUAGAAACUUUGUGCACUGGCAAGGCAGCGUCAAUAAUCUCAUCGAAACCGUAACAGAUGGCAUAAAGACACUUGCUGCAAAUGUGGACGAAGAUCCCGAUGCCAGAUUACAAGAAGCUCUGCAAAAGAUAGAGGAGUUAAAACGGACCCUAGACGAAAUCAAGAAUGAGAAAGUGGCGACGAUAACAAAAAGCGUACAAGAAACGCACCUACAAGAACUGGAGAGACGAGUUUCCGAACUUCAAGCUGAAAACCUCGUACUGCACAACGAACAAGACCAAUUAACGGAAGCAGUAAUGCACCUGAAAGCAAAAUCCGUGGUAAAAGAUCCAGAAUCAGAUGACGAGUCUGGAGUAGUUAACGAAUUAGAGUCAAAACUACGACAGUGCGAACGGAAGAACAGCAAUUUGCAAGCCGAACUGGACCGGAUACGUUUUCAGAGAUUGUCGAUGCUUAACCUAGCUUCACAGGACAAUAUUGACGACGAAAAGAUGCUGAAACUGGAGGAGGCUGUCAAACAACUAAAGGAAGAAAAUGAGCGGUUGAAAAAAAAUGCUAAAGAAAAAACACCGAUAAGAUCUGGUACACCAGGUGAGAAAGUUUCUCCUGAAUCUGAGGAAAUAUCGCAAAAAAAGAUACAAGAGCUCGAGAAGCGUCUGGAAGAGUGGCAAGAAAGUUAUGAUAAAGACAUCGGAAAAUUGAAAGCCAAAAUCCAGGUGUUCCAAGAUCUGCCACCAGGACUUGAGGCAUGCGCAGAACACGUCGCCGAACUAGAAUCGAAAUUACAAGACUACCAAACGAAAAAUGCAGUUUUGGAGAAGAACAACGCGCUACUUGAAGCUGAGAAUCAACAGUUCAAUCAGCUAGCCCAGUACGACGAUCGAGCUCUGAGUGCGGAAAGCAUAGAAGACAAAAAGAUCCGAGACUUAGUCGAACAUUUGCGAGCCCUUGGACGAAGAAACGAAUCACUGCAAACGCGCAUUAUCCAACUCGAACUUGACAAUGGGCGAUUAAGAAACGACCUUGAAAGGAUAAUGGGUAAGGAGCACAAAGCGUUCGAAAAAGAAAUGAACCGCUUGAGAGACCUCGAAAAACAGACAGCCAGGUGUCAAGAGAAGUAUCAAAAUUUGAGAAAACGAUCAAUGAAAAUUGAAAUCGAAAACCGAAACCUGAAAAAGGAGUACAUAAGCACCCUCAUUGAGAAAGAAAAGCUGAUACUACAAGGUCGCGAACAGACCAAAAGGUUAAGAGAAACGAACAAACUCCUGAUGAAAACGCAAGACAAGAAGGAAAGUUUGACAGGGCGGCUCGUUAAACUCCAAGUGGAGAACCAAAACCUGAAGCAGCAACUGGACUCCGUGAUCAGUAAUGAAGUGGAAAAGCACAUUGAAAAGCUCAAAGACACGGACGAAGAACUGCAGGAGCAGAAUAAUAUUCUUCAGACUGAAAACGAUGAGUUGAGAGUCAUCAUUAAAAAGCUUGGUGAACACAAGGACAAUCUCGAAAACGCGUUACCGCCUGGUGUGCUACAGUUUCUGGCACAACCGAGGGCCGACCAGCUGAAGCACAAAAUCGUGCAGCUCGAAAUGGAAAACAAGAACUUAAAAACGCAGCUCGAGGGACUUAAAAGCAGGGAAGUUGCGUCCCUGGAAGGGGACCUCGUUGAUCGACGAGUCGCCGAACGCCUAACCGACAUCAGAGAAAUAGACGACGAGCACAUGUUUCGGCUGAAGACUGUAGAACUCGAAAUCGAAAACGAGUUUCUAAAGGGCGAACUCGAAAGUAGAGAUCGGGUAGGAAGCGAUGUUGGAGCCAAAGAAAAACACAUCGGUGAACUAGAAGAUGAAAUUCACAAGCUGACUGACACUAACGAAAACCUGAAAACGGUCACGGUCGAACUGGAACUAGACAACGAAUAUUUGAAGAAAGAAUUGGACAGAUUGAGCAAAGAAGAGGCGAGCAGAAAUGAGACCAGUGCUGAUCGACAGCUGGAAAAGCAGAACCACGCACUGAAGAUGAAAAUCGAAAAUCUCGAAGGGGAAAAUAAAAAGCUGAAACAUGACCUAGAAGUUGCGGGUCAAGCACAAAUUUCCCUGGAAGCACACAGCGAACAAAAGGUUAUAGCAGAAAUAGAGAAACUCUUACAAGAAUAUCAGAACAUGAAACAGACUGCGAUACUUCCAAGCAAAGUCAGUGAUACGUCUGACAUUGACGACAUCGAGAAGCGUCUGCAACUAUGGAAAAAAGAAUAUGAACCUCAAGUUAUGGAACUGAAGCGGGAUCUUGAGGCUCUCCUCGGACGAGAAUCGAACUACAUUUCACGGUUAGAGAACCAACUGGAUAAGUGUAGGAGCAGGGUGGUCGAACUCGAACAAGAAAACAAAAAUCUGAGAGUAGCACUCGAAGUGUUACUCAAAGAAAAAGACAUAAUCAGGAACGUAAAACUCGUCAAAGAAGUGGAAGCAGAACUCUCGAGAUACAGAGACACGGAAUCUCUGAGAAGGCUAAGUGAAGCAGACGAAGAAAAAAUAAAAGACCUUCAGGAACGCCUCAAGGACUGUCAAAACACCAACCGACUGCUAAAACAGGAAAAAGUUGCCCUCGAUCGUCACUUACAAGAUGACAAGAUACGCGAAUUAGAAGAUCGAAUACAGCUGCUCCAGAAGUCUAAAACAGAAAUAUCCAAGUCGCGUGACAAACAGCCUAAAGUAGAAAGUACUGCCGACUUAAACAAAUCCGUCGUUUUCAAUGACGAACUUGCUGAACUGAGAAAGAGCAAGGAAGUGUUGGCUCGCGACUUGGACCAAUUACGGAGUGACAAAUCGUUAGUUGAAAACUCUUUGCGACAACAGUUGAAAGCAGACCAACACGAAAAGGAAGAAAUGACGCAGGAAAUGGAACGACUGCGCAAACUGAACAGCAUCCAUCAGAAGGUAAAAAGUGACCUGGAGAAGCAGUUGGAAGAGCUCACAAAAAGUUCAAGCCCUUUGGCUCUUAGGAGAGUUUCCAGUGAGAAGAAAGGAGGAUCGGAGCAACAAUUAGCAGACUAUGAGAAAGAAAACGAAAGUCUUAAAGAUGAGUAUCUCAAACUCCACGAAGAAUUCGAAGAGAAAGUGAAACGGAUACACGAGCUGGAAGAACAGUUGAAGAAGUGUCAGGAGAUGAAUAGGCGUCUAAAACGCAAACUUAAGGGGGAAAAUGAGUCGUCACAUAGCCUGGACCCGGAGAAAGAUAACGACAAAAAUGGAGACAAUUCACCUCCAACAUCCUUUGGUCCCGACGAAGAACCAAAGGAUGUUCAAAAAGACGACAAUUCACAAACAAAAGGUGGACAGUCGGAAGACGCAGAAGCUCCACAACACGACUUCGAAAAACCCCACCAAGACAAUUUGACUCUUCAAACCGACCUGACAAAAAUUAAAGAACUAGAGGCGCAACUGAAAGAAGCGCUGGCUCAGUCGAAAAGAACGAAAAUGCAGCUGGAAAAACUACAAAAAGAAAAAUCCGUCAUCCACAUCAAAAAAGCCGACAGACGAAUCAUCGAGCUCGAGGGACAGCUAAUAGAAACGCGAACCGAGAACGAAAUCAACAAAACAAAAGUCGACUAUUUAAGAAAGCAAAUGGCGUCGCACGACGCCAUCGAAAAAGAAAACAAACACUUGAAAACCGAAAUAAACAGACUGACACUAAAAAUACAGUCGUACGACGAAGACAACAAGAAACUAAAAAACCAAGUGAACGAGCUGACGCAAGAACGGCACGAACUGGUUCGCAGAAACGACAAACAGAAGAUGGAGAUCGACGAACUCCAGAAACAAGUGCAGCUUUUGGGUGGAGGCGAGUACAAAGCGAAGAACGAGCUGAAGAAGCGGAACGCCGAAAACGAGCAGCUGAAACUAGAGAUUUCGGGGUUGCAGACGCAGAUCGCGAAUUUGGAAAAAGUCGUCUUGGAAAACCAAGAUAAGUCGAGCGAAAAACGAAUACGCAAACUGGAAGAGACACUGUGGAAGUACCAGGACAACAACGAAUACUUGAAAGUGAAAGUGGACCAGCUCGAAAACGAAAAAAGCGGCUUGAUGAUGGACGUCACCGUUUAUCUUGAAGAGGAGAAUAAAACUUUUGGAGCGGGACCACCGCAAGCCAAAAAACUGGAAACUAUUUUGGGAAAGUAUCGAGACACGGAGCUGAAUUGGAUGGAAAGGGCGAAGCAAGCGGGUGUUCAGAAACAACGGGUGGAACACUUGGAGGACAAAGUCCAGCAGUGUCAGGUUGAAAAUGAGAGGUUGAAACUGGUGACGAUUCAGCUUGAAGCGGAAAUUAAUUGUUUGAAGAGGGAUAUGUCAAGCGUCCGAAGUGAACUACCGAUUCGCACUCAAAAAACGUCUAGACCGUGCGAAGAAAGGGCUUCUGAAGCACCGGAAAACGAACUGGCCAAACAAAAACGAAAAUGGAAAACUAUAGUAUCGAAGUUGACACAACAAUACGAAGAGAAUAUCCAUCUUCUUAAACGACGAGUACAACCUCCAACACCUACACUUGUGUCUGAAAAUCCGUGGAUGGUAGGUUCCACACAACCCACUCUUCUACCGACAGCCUACACAGCGAUGCCUUUCAUGUGGCAACCCAUGUUGCCUUAUAUUACCCCACCUCAGACUUUCGACGAAAAUCCUGAAGACAGUUUAGAGCAACUAUCCGACAUGGUUGACAAAAUACAAAACACUUUGAACAAGAGUAAACGCGUUUUGGAGUCGGAACUGAAGACAGCCAUUUCUGGAAACGAACGCUGCCCUGAGGAAGAGAUUGAGGAGCAAGAACAAGCCACACUACACUAUGAAACAGGAACAUCAACAGCCGAACUAAUCCCUCAGUAUGCAGACAUUAACGAAAAUAUAAUAGAACUGCAUAAACAGUUUCUGAAGCAACAAGAAACUGAAGCUAAGAUCGAGAGGCUUCAUACCGACAUUCAAGAAACUAUAAGGAGUCUGAAGCAAGUCGCCCAGACCCACAAAAACGAACGUCCACUUUUUGUCACCAACGAUGAAAUGCCAUCGACGAGCACAGUUACGGAAAAUGCGCAUGAAUGCAGCAACACGAUUCGAAUUCCGCAUUUUCAUUUCGUCCCUAGAACACAGAGUUCGGAAAUUAGAAAAUGUUCACACACCAGAUUUGGCGACAAGCACGAAGAAACAGGAGAGUGAAAAGUUGCAAUUGUGCCGUUUUUGCGUUUGUAGAGUCUUGUGUUGUCUCAAAUAA